UCCCGUAUAACCCAGAAAGAAAAAUAGAGCUCGAUUCCUCAGCAGUUGUCUAGAUCUCGCCGAUCCGGUCGCCAUCAUGAGUGCACCAUCGAACCCGCGAAAAGACCUAUCCGAUCUGGAAGGACAAACAACGAAACUAAGACGCCAGUUCACGGAGCAGUCGGCUUUUCUAGACGCCCGACUGGCAACGAAGCUAGACAUGAUGUCGGAUCUCAACGAAUUCUUCAAGAAACGAUCAGAAAUCGAGGCAACGUAUGCGGCCAGUCUCGAGCGUCUGGCGAGGGGUAUGAGCUCUAAGCGAUCACAGACGCAGAAGAGGGAGCCGACGACGACAGUCGAGAUGUUCAUGACGCUUCUGAACGAGACGAAAGCGUUCGGACGGGAACGGCAUUUGCUGAGCGAGAGAAUUGGCAGUGAGUUCGCGCAGCGGCUUGAUUCGCUGAGCAAGGACGCUCAGUUCAUUCAACGACGAGUGAAGGAGAUCACACAGAUGUCACAUGAUGAUCUCAGUUGUUCGUACAAAGAUCUGGUGGAGCACUUGAAAUUCUAUCAAGCAACUUGCCAGCAAACAGCUGGUGCUGAAGUGAAGCUACAGAAAACAACACAGAAGGGCAAGUUACUCCGACCAGACAACAUACAUACACUAAGAGCAAGUAUCAGGAAAAAGGUGAAAGAGCAGACGGACAGGGAGGAGAAGGCAACUGAGUUGGCAAGAAAGAUGAGAGGAAAAAGGACGUCUGUGAGGAACAAAUACUUGUCAAUGAUUGGAGCAACUAACACAGUCACACAACGACAUUUUAAUGUUGUGAUGAUGGAGAUAUUGGAGGCCAUGGAUUACGACUUCCACGAUGGUUUGCGUCGUCUGGUUAAGUCAUACGUAAACGCGGAAGAGCAAACUCUUAUUUCCGUGACAGAGAGCCUCGAGAAGUUGACAAGCUGUGCAGACACUCUCAGCUUUGAUACUGACAAGUACAAGCUCGUUGAAGAGUCGAGUUCAGCAUUUAUUCCACCAGCAAUUAUACCAUUUUAUGCCUAUCCAUCUGACAAGAUCUCAAGAUACAUUCCUCAAGAGAGCACAGAAGACGAGCUCGUCGAGGUUGCAGCUGAAGUCGAUCGUCUAACCACACAAAUAGAAGAGGAACUAAAAACGUUUGAGUUUGUGAAUCAGACGUUGAAAAGGCAACAGAUGGUGGGUCUUGAUGACGCUCCACAGUCAGAGGAAGUUGUGUUGCCGAAGGCUGGACAUGUGUCUACGUUAGAGAGAAAACAAGGCGGGAAUCGGCAGGCGUCUCAUCAGAGGUCGUACUCUGCGGGAGGAAUUGGCUCGUUGAAUAAAGAUAAUCUCAGUUUCUACUUUGAUAUAUUUCAAAGGCUGAGUAUUGCACAAGUAUCACUGAAUCGUGCUGAGUCAAAACGAGAUCUUCUUCGCAAAGCUCUAAAUGACCAAGAAACCAGGAGAAUUGAUGAUGAUACAUAUAUCUUGCCCAAAUUGUUUGAAGGUGACUUACUGGAGUAUGCAACGGUGACUGGUCGUAAUGUCCCAGUCAUCGUUCAGAGCUGCACCAAACACAUCGAACAAUACGGUCUUGACGUCCAAGGUCUUUUUCGAAUUCCCGGUCCACAAGCUCUCAUUGAUGAACUAAAAGAAGGAUUUGAACGAGGAGACGAUCCGCUAUCCAGCAAUCCACAAAGUCGAGACAUCAAUGCGGUCGCCAGCGUGUUGAAAGAAUAUUUCAGACGUCUGAGGUCUCCUCUCUUUCCUGAGGAAAUGUACCAGAAUCUCGUCGACUGUGGACGCAUUGAUAACGUAGAGAGGAGGGUUCUUGCGCUAAUUAAAGAGAUACAGACGCUACCAGUUGAAGUGAUAUUCGUUAUGAAGUUUCUUUUCCAGUUUCUCAACAAGGUUUCUCAACAUGACAAAGUAACAAAAAUGACAUCCAGCAACUUGGCUCUUGUUUUCGGUCCCUCACUUACUCGCUCACCUCCUGGAUCUGAAGAGUUCGCACUCUCUUCUUCCCCUUGCAUCAACACAGCUUUGCAGACGUGCAUUGAGCAUUGCAGUAUAGUAUUCGAAGCGACAGAAGAGCAGAGAGAAGUAGAUGAAGCUGGUGACAAUAUGGAGAAUGAGAAUGCACGUCUUGGCAGUGGGAGUCUCAGUGAUGAUGAUGAGGGCAGUGACGCAGGAUCUGACCACUCAGUGUAUGAAGCUAUUGAAGCAAUUGCUAUUCACGACUACGAGGCGCGAUCAAGUGAAGAAAUCUCAUUCCAGAAGGGCCAGACUGUUUAUGUUGUUCAACAGACGGACGAUGGCAACUGGUGGGACGGCUUCUUGGGCAACAAACGUGGCUACAUCCCGACACAAUAUGUAGAGAUCGUGCCAUACGAUGAACGACCGAAAUCUCCCGCUCCUGGUGCGUUUCAGAGGCAGCCCUCGAUGCCUGAUAAUCCAGACGUUGCACAGUCAGUCAAAACAUCAAGUGAACAAACAGCAGAUGACAUGCCUGAUCCUCCUGUGACGGUCACUGUAUCUGACCCUGAUGCAUAUCCUGAUCCCAAUGAUAUGGCCGCUACUCCAGACAAGCCUCUUGAUGAUGAUAUUGAGCUCCCUCCACCUCCUCUAGAUCUGCCCAUUGUGCCAGACAUCGGUACUAGUACUCCUCCUCCUCCUCCUCCUCCUCCUUCGUCCACUGAAUAUGACGAUGCCCUAGACGAUGCCGUUGUAGCUCUUACCUCAGCACUCGAUGAUUUGGAAAACUUUGUAGUGCAAGACCACAAACUACCGCCACUUGAAGAGAAGGUAGCAACAGAAGUGGAGAAGGAAGAGAAACGACUGAGUGAUGUAUUAGAUGAGAUGAAACAGGAAGAAGUGGAGAGUGAGGCUAGCAUACCAAAAGAAGAGAACAUAGUCGUCCUACAAGAGCAAACAACUGAGCAGCCACAUGUGAACGAAAUCACCAAACAAGAGACAGAAACUCAACCACCAAACCGACUGUCUUCGCCGCCGCCUCAUAACGAGCAAAUGUUCAAUGACCAGCCUGUGUCUCCAGUUCGAUCCAAAGUCAGUUCCAAACCGCUUCCGCACGUUCCUGUCAAGCCGUCCAAACUUCCCGCCCGCAAUCCAUACGGCCAACUGAAUGCGUCUACCAAACCACCACCCGUCGGCAUCACUCACACUCACCCCGGUGACAACAUAUUCGGACAGAUUGAAGGCGUACUGAGUACUGCAGCAAGAGCUCCCAAAUGGGAGAUGCCACCACGAGAACCAACAAGUCCAACAAGCCCAACUUACCCUAAACUACCAGUCCCCGCUUCUUCAAGCUUGAAGAAAAGCAAGAAAACAAAACAACCGCCACCCGCGAUGCCUCCCAAACCGACCAUCAAAGAGAAACCAAGGCCCCCGCCCUUCAUCAACCCAUCAGAAAUCAAAAAAAGAGCCGACGCACUGAGAGCACGCCCGAAAAAAUACGGCAGGAGGGAUGAUGGGCCCGACUCGGUGUUCGACGGCAGUGAUUCUCUUGAUGGUCGGUCGGAAGAACAAGGAAUCACACAUCUGUAAGUGAGUGUGAGUUGUAAGAUGUGCAGUUUUAUAGUAACAGUAACAGAAGCAUGUGAUAGUGUGGUUAUAAGUAGGAAUGACACGGCCGUUGUUUUCCAUGGAUUUCUUGUAGAAGAGCAGAGUGGACAUUAA